AUGCGAAUUUCUAUGUGUCAUCAGUCCUUUGAUAUACUGUUACCCGCUAACACGACAAACAUGAUGCAUACUGUACGGAAGAAACCCAUCAUAAACAAUGCGCAAACUUACGUUUGGUGGGGACCUUUCAAGUCCGGUUUGAUAUACCUCAAGGAGUUCUCCGAAACGACUACCCUGCACGGUAUACGACACAUCGGCCUGUCUAACAGGCAUUUAAUAGAAAUGUGAGUACGAUGAAAAAAAAAAAAGACGCGAAUAAUUUAUUAUAUUAUACCUUACAAAGACGGGCCAAACUAGCGGUUUUUUUUAAUCUUGUUUAAAUUAUAUAGUCACAAAGAAAAAUAUAAUUAAACUAAGUUAAAAUUAAUUUUAAAAUAUAAUUGAUCUUGAAUAGGUAGCCAAAUUGAGCUACAAAAAUGUUCAGGAAAUAUACAGCUUAAGUUAUGUUAGAAUUUAAAAGUUAUUACUUUAGUACAUUGAUGAAAACUAAAUUUAAUUUAACUAUCGUAAUUGAAACAUUUAAGAAUGUCGUAGGAUGUCGUAGCUCCCAGAUCGCAUGGAAAAUUGGAUUUAUACCUUGACUCGUGUAUAGACUCGCUGCUAUAUUAGACUUAUGAACACAAAAUAUUCGUAAAUAAUUUUUAGAAAUUACGUAAUUUUAAACAAAAUAACUGUUUGUUUUUUUUUUUUUAACUGAACAAGUUAAAAUUCGCUUAUAACUUAACUUUUUAACGAGCUAUACUGCACAGCUUUGAAAAAUUAUGUAUAAACUACGUUAUUCAAAAUUAUUGUACAACGAUAGUUACUUAUUAUUUAUCUAAUAUUACUCGAGUUUAAAAUACUCAUAUUAUCUUAUACAUGGUGUCCUACAAUAUAUUAUACGUAUUCGUUGCUAAUAACUCUGUCAAUGUGCAUUACCUUUUUUUUUCAAUCAAAUUUAUGCCAGGCUAUUACUAAGAAACUAUUAUAUUUAUCGGAUAUAUGAAUGUAUGAUACAUUUAAAUUUUAAAAUAAUAUAUUUUACAAAAUGACUGUUUUGCAAAUAUAAAAAAUUUAAAAAAUUAAGUUAUUUUUUUCGGUGAUUAAGGGAUGAGAAUAAAAAUUUAAUUUUUCUCCGCAUUUGUGUUUUCCUGGCACAACGCCCGAUUGAAAAAUAAAUUAUUCCAAAAAUUAAUAUUUACAGACUUAUUAACAUUAGAAUCAUAACACAACAGGACACUCUCUGUAUGUUUGAUAAAAUCGUUUUACAUAGCGUUCUGUGGAUUCUAUUCGAAAUUAUGGUAAUAUACGGAUCAUAUAACUUGAUGUAUGGCAGUUGGAUACGAUAUAACGAAAACCCUACUGUUAUAACCGUAGAAAAAGACUAUCGCCAGUGGUAUCUUCAAUUCCCGAGCGCCACGUUCUGUUACGUAGAUCCCGUGGACAUAAAUUUGGCUGAAAAUUAUAUAAAACGGUAAGUACUGUAAUACUUUAAAACAUUUUAUUAGGCACCUGUCUGAUUUAUUGGUAUAUUUCAAUUGAUAUUUCGUAUAAUAUACAAUAUAAUUAUAUAUAUAUAUAUAUAUAUUGAUGUAUGUAUUUAUAGUAAAUGGAAAGUAAAUUCUAACGAAACUUUCAACUACUAUAUGGAUUUUAUAAAAACAUUGACCGAAACGACAUAUAAAAAUUUGGAAAAUUUAGCCGCUUACGUUAACAAUACUGAAUUGAUAAAUAUCAAUAUAAUCGACAUGAUAUUAAAGGUAAUAUAGAUGAUAGGUAAAAUUUAAAUUUAAAUAUCUAAACAAAUAAUUAUAGAACAAUUAUUUUAUGAACAAUAGCAUGCAUUAAGUACAUUUUCACGUCUUCGUACUCCAUAAUUAUAAUAUAUAAUUGCAAAUUUCGUACAUUUAAAAAAUUAAGGGGAACAAUUUUUGAAUAGAUUAUUUUGCUGUUUUUUUCAAACGUCGUAAUGUAAUUUUAAAAUAGAUACUAUCAAAAAUUCAAAAAAUCAAGUAUUGCGUUUUUUUUUAAACUUAUUUAUUUAUGGUUGUUUCAAAUGUGUUUUUUAACUAUUGCAGAGAAUUUACACACAACAAUUUCGAAUUUAAUCGAAAUACUAAAUUACUAGUUUUCAUAAAUUAGUAGAUAUAUUAUUGAAUAUUAUGACGCAUUCAAUGACGUGGCAAACACUUAUUUAAAAAAUGAUUGUCUCUGAGAUUUUUGGAAGACUUAGGGGCGAAUGUCUAAUCUUUAUUUCACACAAUAAUUGUUUAAAUAUAAAAAUUAUUUUAAAUUAUAAUAUUAUUGAAUAUUUUCUAUUAAUAAGUAAUAAUAAUAAAUAAUAUUAUGUGUUCACUAUUAUUGGUUAAGUGAUCACAGUUUAACCAACAAACUCGUAUCUUGUCUACUGUGGCUGAGACAGUGAAACGUGAAUACUGAUCAUUUUACAAAUUUAUGGAGGUCCAUUCAUGGAUGGAUUCGGAUGUGCCUCAAGCUACACCAUAAUUACACUUUGUUUUUCUAUUUGGAAUUAGCAUUGCUAUCCCCGACCAUAUUAACACCUAAGAGCUUUAAAAAAAAUUCAAGAAGUAUGUUUUUUUGUAACUAUUGAAUAAGAUGAAAUGAGUGAGUGGUCCACCAAAAUAUUGCUUCUCAAAAAUAUAAUUGAAUUCACCACGCCACUGAUAAUCAUCAAAUUCAUAAUAUUAUUUGAAUAGACAUUUUUUUUUUUAUUUACACCAAGAUUUGCGUUUAGCUAUACCUAAUUAUCUUAUACAUAUAGGUACACGCUGAACCUCGUUUUAGAACGACAAUAUUCAACAAUGACUAUGAAAAUGUCACUUUUCAUUCUGUGCUCACUGAAAUGGGUAUCUGUUACACUUUCAGUGGAAAUAUUAGCGAUUAUUUAACACCAAAGUAAGUUACUAUCUAUAUGUAGAAGUCAAGAAUAACAACUUAAAUUAUCUUCUUACUUCAACAUUUACCGAAUUUCUAUUUAGGCAUUAGAAUAAAAUAAAAUAUAUUUCAAUUUAAUUAGAUUUGAUUUGCUUGAUAAUAUGAUUACAGCAGUAAACUUCUAAGGAAAUUAUAUUCUAAGUCACCAACUUGUAACUUUCUCAAUUCAUUAUGUUACGCAAGAGCAGAAAACCUACCCAGGAUUGUUUCGGUAAUUAUAAUUAUUUUAUUCGAAUUGUAUGAUAAUAUUAUUACGAACGGCGAAGUCGUGAAGUGUCAAAUAAUAAACCGCAGUCUUUUUCGGAAUAAUGACAACUUUUUCGAAUUCCGACCGGAUGAAUUAUUGAUAUAAGUUAUAAUGAAAACAAAAAAACAUUAAUAGCGAUGAGUAAAUCGACAUUGUAUAAUCUUUUGGAGUUUUGGACGGCACAGUGGCGGCUGAACCUGAAUGAGAAUUAGAUACCGUUGGCUGAACAAAGCCGAGGCUGAGUGUGCUUUUUUUUUUAACCUAAAUAUCAUAACAGUGUAUUGCAUUUGAACCGUUACAGUAUUAUGUCCAUUAUGCAAAGGAAAUACCAGACAUAUCGGACAAAUAUUAUUCAGUAUAUGAAAACAUGGAACGGGACACGACAUUCACGUUUUGGGAGGUGACAUCGGCACCCGAAGUGAAAAGGCUGAGUCCGUCGCAACGUCGAUGCCGUUUUAUGAACGAGCCAUUGGACAACACAAUACCCGUUUACAGUUACAAUGUGUGCAGGAUGAUCUGCAGAAGAAAACUGGCUCUAAAACUGUGCGGAUGCAUUCCGCACUUUUACCCUUAUCCAGGUACAUAUAAUAUAUAAAGAUGGUAUACAAAUAUCAUGUUGAUCAGUAUACUAUUUUGGAUUAUAUUAAUUAAUUUAAAUCAAUAAACUUACAAAAAAACGUCAAAAUAUAUUUAAAGCGGAAUGCCUAAUUUGAGCAACACAAUCUUUGUUCUGGUAAUAAUUGGUUAUAAAAUUACUGCUUGGCUAACGGCACAUGACUUAAAAUCAUUUUUUUUUUUGUCAUUUCGUGAUGAAAUUAUCGAGAGAAUUAUCAGGAGUUAAUUUUUUAUUUAUUUUUUCAAUUACUGUAUUCACCUCGACUUUUACAAAUAGACAUUUGUACAUGAUGAAAUCCGAUACCAACACUAACUACAAAUUCAAACUAUAGUUUAAAUUCAUUAACAUCAUAGAUCACAGUUUAAAUUUUACAUUUGACUUUAUUAUUGUAGUUAUAAACUUAAAAUAUAUAAAUAGUAAAUUAUUCGAGUAAUUUGUUGUGAUUUUAAGUCAUAAAAUCAUUUUUAACAGCAACUAGUAUUUGUUGUAAGUUUUUCUUAGAGGAUUAUUAACCAAACACUAAUUUAUUAUAACAAUAAAGCUUAUUUUAAUUUAAGAAUUCAGUUUUUUUUUUUUCAUAGACUAAAAAUAAUACCCGUUUCUUUUUUAUUACAGUACAUUGUAUACGUAUACAAUGGCAACGUGUACUUGUAUUAUUCUAUUUUAGGUAAAGCGAAAAUUUGCAAUAUCAAAGGGCUGUACUGUUUAUCGUCGCAUAAUGAAACCCUGAUCAGCUUGGAAAAUAAAAAAUAUAUGCCAAAAAAAUGCGAUUGUCCGAUGCCGUGUGAGGACGUUCGAAUGUUUCUGGACAGGGAUUCUAAAAGGACAUGGUAAAACAACUGCAGUCAAAUAAAAUUAAAUAAAAAACCACUUACAUAAUACAAAUAUAACAAAUUCAUAAAUACCCGUUUUUUCACAUAAUAUUAUUAACCACCCAGUUAUAUUACUAUGAUUGGUAGGGCGUAUCCAGUGCCGUGGGACAUCCGAUUCCGUUGGGCCGUUGACAAAUAUAGCAAGACGCGAUUACGCCUAGACGUUAUCUACAGCUUUGAAGAUUUAUUGGGUCAGUAA